AGAGUAGCUGAAAAGCAGGAAGUGAAUAUGAUGACUGCAGCUAAUUUAGCUAUUGUCCUAUCACCUACUUUACUGAGUUCAUCCUAUACCGAUCCCAUAAGUUGUUUGGCUGGAACACUUUUUGAGCAUACUUUAAUCGAAUUGCUUAUAAAACAUUGUACUUAUCUACUUCCUUCAAGUGGACGAUGGUUUGCUAGUAGACCUACUGAAUUAGUAGACAAUACAGCGCAUUCACCAUCUCAUCGUCAUAGUCAGAUCAUUACCACUACUGCUUUUAUUCCACCAAUCACUACAGUAUCAUCACCUAGUAUACCGCCCUCUUAUAAAAAAUGGAGUUUUUUACGAAGUCGAUCAUCCACGGAUAACCGUACAGUGCCAACUUUAGCACCUAUUCCAUGAAAUCUGAUAAAUAAAUAUCUCUCUGUGUUCGUCUGAGUACGACCGUUGUGUCCCUAUUAAAAAAAUUAUUGUGAAAUAUCAUAUUUUUUACUACCUAUCCUACCACUAAAUUGUUCUUUGCUUGUUUUGUAUCAACACACAUUUGUCAAUACAUUCCAUCAUUGUCUUGUAUGGCUGUUUUGUGUUCAUUUUCGCAUUUUUUUUUAAAAAGUACUCUGGUUCUUUCUAAAUUUGUACACAUAUUUAUACUGCUUUGUCGAACUCUUUAAUGUGUAUGCUUGACUUAAGGACAUUCAUAAGUAAUGUUUUCGCCUUCCAGUUUCUUUCUUCCUUCUUUUAAUUACGAUUUUAAAACAAAAUACAAACAGCUUAUUUCCAAGUUUAUAUAACUACUUUGAAGUAUAUUUAAAUCGAUAACGUUUAUAUAAAAUAGUGUUUCUAACCUCUAAUUAUGUAAUUCUAUCCUAUCUCAUUAUUCAACUCUUAUGCUGACGCAUCUUAAAUGAUGAUACUAUUUCCAUUUGUUGACUUUUAUAAAUAUGACCGACCAGUAAUGCAAGACGGGGAAAAGAAAUAACUCCUUGUACAUGUACAUAUGUUUCUGUAUAAAUAAACUGUGUUUUUUGAAAAAAAAUUAACCAUUAUUGUUCAAGUUAUUCGAUAGUCAAGCUUAAAUAAUACAUUUUUGAACCCGUAAA